CUUUCCCCUCCAUUCCAGUUCUCCUUUCUUCUUCAAAGGGGAAACCUCACCACAGACCUGCCCUCCUCCGCUUUUUCCUCCUGUGGGGGCUGAGAGAAGGUGCUUCAGCAGCAUAGGUAGACUGCCCCUCCCCGCUUGCCACCAUGACCCCCCUGGGGGAUGAUGUCUGAGUCCUUGUGGACAGCGCUCUCUAAUUUCUCUAUGCCCGAUUUCCUUGACAGCAGCAUGUUUCGCCGCACUAAAAGCUGCCGAACCAGUAACAGAAAAAGCCUGAUCCUGACAAGUACCUCGCCGACGCUGCCACGGCCUCACUCUCCACUCCCAGGUCAUAUUGGUAGCAGCCCUCUUGACAGCCCUCGGAACUUCUCCCCUAACACACCAGCCCACUUCUCCUUCGCUUCUUCACGCAGGGCAGAUGGCCGUCGUUGGUCCUUGGCUUCCCUGCCUUCGUCUGGGUAUGGAACCAACACUCCCAGCUCCACUGUAUCGUCAUCCUGCUCCUCCCAAGAGCGCCUUCACCAGCUGCCUUAUCAGCCCACUGUGGAUGAACUGCAUUUCCUUUCCAAGCAUUUUGGAAGCACUGAGAGCAUUACUGAUGAUGAUGGGGGGCGGCGGUCCCCUGCAGUGCGGCCCCGGUCCCGGAGCCUCAGCCCGGGCCGGUCUCCAUCCUCCUAUGACAAUGAGAUAGUAAUGAUGAAUCAUGUUUACAAGGAGCGAUUCCCCAAGGCUACGGCACAAAUGGAAGAGAAGCUAAAAGAUUUCAUUAAGAGUUAUGAGCCAGAGAGUGUGUUGCCCUUGGCUGAUGGAGCACUCAGUUUUAUCCACCACCAGGUCAUUGAGCUAGCACGUGACUGCCUAGCCAAGUCCCAGGAAGGUCUCAUCACCACUGUCUACUUCUAUGAGCUGCAGGAGAACAUGGAGAAGCUGCUGAAAGAUGCUUAUGAACGCUCUGAAAGUGAAGAGGUAACUUUUGUCACUCAGUUGGUGAAGAAGCUGCUGAUUAUCAUCUCACGCCCAGCCCGCCUACUGGAAUGCCUGGAGUUCAAUCCAGAGGAGUUUUACCACCUGUUAGAAGCAGCUGAGGACCAUGCCAAAGAGGGACAUCUGGUGAAGACAGACAUCCCCCGCUACAUCAUCAGCCAGCUUGGACUCACCCGAGACCCCUUCCCAGAUGUGCUGUAUGUGGAGGAGCAGGAUAGCGGAGGAUCCAACACACCUGAGACAGAGGAGUUCACCGAGAGUCGUGGAACUACUCCAAAGCCAAAGAAGCCGCCAGGAGAAGGAGACUUUGAAACUAUUAAACUUAUAAGCAAUGGGGCUUAUGGAGCUGUGUAUCUGGUGCGGCACAAAGAGACCCGCCAGCGCUUUGCCAUGAAGAAGAUCAACAAGCAAAACCUCAUUCUGCGCAACCAGAUCCAGCAGGCCUUUGUGGAGCGUGACAUCCUGACGUUUGCAGAGAACCCUUUUGUGGUCAGCAUGUUCUGCUCCUUUGAGACCAAGCGUUAUCUCUGCAUGGUUAUGGAGUAUGUUGAAGGUGGGGACUGUGCCACCCUGUUGAAGAACAUUGGAGCCCUGCCGGUGGAGAUGGCCCGCAUGUACUUUGCUGAGACAGUCCUUGCCCUGGAGUAUCUGCACAACUAUGGCAUCGUCCACAGGGAUCUCAAGCCUGACAACCUACUCAUCACUUCCAUGGGGCACAUCAAGUUGACAGACUUUGGCCUCUCCAAGAUGGGGCUCAUGAGCCUCACUACCAACCUGUAUGAAGGUCAUAUUGAAAAGGAUGCCCGGGAGUUUCUGGACAAGCAGGUGUGCGGGACUCCGGAAUACAUUGCACCUGAAGUGAUCCUCCGUCAAGGCUACGGGAAACCAGUAGACUGGUGGGCCAUGGGCAUCAUCCUCUACGAGUUCUUGGUGGGCUGCGUUCCUUUCUUUGGAGACACCCCUGAGGAGCUCUUUGGUCAAGUCAUCACUGAUGACAUCUUGUGGCCAGAAGGGGAGGAGGCUCUCCCAGCAGAUGCUCAGCAUCUUAUCUCCUGCCUCCUGCAGACCAACCCCCUUCUCCGACUGGGGGCAGGUGGUGCCUAUGAGGUAAAACAACAUGCAUUUUUCAAAGAUCUGGAUUGGAACGGACUACUGAGGCAGAAAGCUGAGUUCAUCCCCCACCUGGAAUCCGAGGAAGACACCAGCUACUUUGACACUCGUUCGGAUCGCUACCAUCACAUUAAUUCUUAUGAUGAUGAUGACACAACCGAAGAUGAACCGGUGGAGAUACGGCAGUUUUCAUCUUGCUCCCCCAGAUUCAGCAAGGUGUACAGCAGCAUGGAGCACCUGUCCCAGCAUGAGCAGAAGACGCCCGGAGUCACCAAGCGGGACCAAAGCAACAAGCACAAGGAUGAGAAGCUAGGCAAACGCGAAAGCCUUGGCAGUUUCACCCUUCGAGACAAGAGCUGGCGCACCAACUCCCCAGAAAUGAAGCGUCUCUCAGCCUCAGAGUCAUCGUACACUGAGAGUGAUUCAAGCCCCCCAUUGGGAGCGCGCCGGCGCUUUUCAGCCCUGAUGGACACCAACCGCUUUGCUGUGCCACUGGAAAGUGAGAAUGAGAACCUCAGCAAGGGAACCAAAGCUCCUGCAGAGAAUGGGCCAGUGGGAGCUGCCCCACCAGCUGAAAUCAAGGAAGGCAAGGAAGGAGCAGCAGCAGGGGAUGCUGGAGCAUGCCCUGCCCCUGCGGAGACCGAGGCAGGCGAUAAAUCAAAAGCGGGUGACCUACAGCCCCCAAAGGAGCUGGACCCAUCAGCCCCCAAAGCUACCAAUGACUUGGUGCUGCGUCGGGCCCGGCACCAGCAGCUCUCAGGGGACUCUACGGCUGAGAAGCGCAGCUCCCGCACAGGGGGCAAGGUCAUCAAAUCUGCCUCAGCUACUGCGCUGUCCGUCAUUAUCCCCACAGUGGAACAGCACAGCAGCUCUCCUUUGGCCAGCCCCAUGUCUCCCCGUUCUCUCUCCUCUAACCCGUCAUCCCGGGAUUCCUCUCCGUCACGAGACUAUUCGCCAGCUGUCACCAGCUUGCGCUCGCCCAUUACAAUCCAGCGUUCGGGGAAGAAGUAUGGCUUCACGCUGCGUGCCAUCCGAGUGUACAUGGGUGACAGCGAUGUCUACAGCGUGCACCACAUUGUCUGGCACGUGGAGGAAGGAGGUCCAGCCCAUGAAGCCGGUUUGUGUGCAGGAGACCUCAUCACCCAUGUCAACGGAGAGCCUGUGCAUGGGCUGGUGCACACUGAGGUGGUGGAGCUCAUCCUGAAGAGUGGAAACAAGGUGAUGGUGACCACCACGCCUUUUGAGAAUACCUCCAUCCGGAUCGGGCCAGCCCGCAAAAGCAGCUACAAGUCCAAGAUGGCCAGGAGGAACAAGAGGAGCACCAGCAAAGAAGGGCAGGAGAGUAAGAAGCGCAGUUCCCUCUUCCGCAAGAUCACCAAGCAGUCGAAUCUGCUCCACACGAGCCGCAGCUUGUCAUCCCUGAACCGUUCACUCUCCUCCAGUGACAGCUUGCCGGGCUCGCCCACCCAUGGCUUGGGUGCCCGCUCACCUACCCAGAGCCUGCGCUCCACACCAGACUCUGCCUACUUAGGUGCCUCUUCACAAAGCAGUUCCCCAGCCUCCAGCACACCUAAUUCGCCUGCCACCUCCUCCCACCACAUGCGGCCCAGCACUCUGCACGGCCUGUCACCCAAACUGCACCGUCAAUACCGCUCUGCCCGCUGCAAGUCAGCUGGAAACAUCCCCCUUUCGCCUCUGGCGCACACUCCUUCUCCCACCCAGUCCUCGCCACCGCCGCUGCCUGGCCACACGGUGGGCAGCUCCAACACUACGCAGAGCUUUCCAGCGAAGCUCCACUCCUCACCUCCUGUGGUGCGCCCCCGUCCCAAGAGUGCCGAACCCCCUCGCUCACCCUUGCUGAAGCGGGUGCAGUCAGCAGAGAAGCUGGGCUCGCCGCUCAGUGCCGAGAAGAAGGUCGUGGUGAGGAAACACAGCCUGGAGGUGGUGCACUCUGAGUAUCGGAAAGACUUCUAUGGGGAGCCUGGCCUCCACAGUCUGGCCGAGUCUGAUGGCGAGAGCCCCAGCGAAUCGGGAGCUCCAAAGCCCCUCGCCACCCGGCGCCUGGGCAGGCAGGAGUCCCCGCUUAGCUUUGGGGUAGGAGAUGGGGAGGUCGCUGCCGAGGCAAGCACCAAGACAAGGGGAGCAGAAUCUCUGGUUGGGGAUUGCCGAAGGAGCCAAGCGGUUCAGACCGAGGAGGCAUUUUCGGGAGCAAAUCGGGCCCUGGCAAAAGCCCUGAGCCCUGUUCAAGAGCACGAGCAAGGGCGAAAGGGCAGCGUGGAAGCAGAGGUGACCCCACGAGGACCUGUUCCCAUUGUGCUAGAGCCGAAGGAAGCCCAAGAGCCUGACCCCCCAGGGAAGCCCGCCGUAGAGCGUUCCCAGGACAAGGCCGGCUCUCCCAAGGAGAAGUGGAUCCUGGAGGUUGUGGAAGAGCACACCACACUAGGAACCUGUGCUAAGACCCCCAGUUGCCUGUGCCCAGAGGGAACCAAGAACGGACUGAAGCGAGGCUCUUCUUCUGAGGCCAAGGGGAAACGGGGACAAGAAGAGGUGCCUGUUUUGGGGUCUGGGAGCAAGUGUGCAGGAGACACCCCUCGGCCCCCACCUCCUGCCCUAGAAAAAAAGGGGGCAGCACACUGAACAACGAGAGGAUGGCCUUUCUCACUCUGCUGGCCACCAGGACUACAGUCCUAGAACACCCUCCCUGUCAUUGCCUUCCAGCCUCCAUGGUGACAGUGGCCGCCAUGGCUGUGGUGGUGCCAGUAGGGUAACCCAGUCCUACCAACCAUCAUGAAAGCUGGAGGGGGGCUGGUCCUGAAGCUCCCAGUAAAUAUGAAGGGCAGAGGCAAUGAUAUCUCCCCCUUCCCCUGCCAUCCCCUCUCCCAUGAAUGGCAUGUCUGGUGGCUAGGCCUUGUAAAGUAUCUAUACAUAUCUCUCACUAUAUAUAUUAUAUUAUAUUAUUUAUAUAAAUAUAUAAAUAUAAAUAUAUAUAUAUAUGAGCAAGACUACUCUAUACAUGAAAAGGUUAAUACUGUGAUCAGUCCCUCCCACUCAAAGCCUACUUUCGAAGCUUCAGGCUCCUCCUUGAAGUCUGUAGCCC